GUCAGGGAAUAAUCCCACUCCCAGCCGCGAAGGCGUCUGGGAACGGGAGUUCCGUGGUAGGCACAGGCCAAGGCCGUCCGGGGGUCAGCGGCGCCUGCGCGGGCGCAGUCCUGCCUCCGGGCAGAGAAUGCGCAAGCAGAACCUUCCUCUCCAGCGGAAGUAUACGCGGGGCCACUGAGAAGUGACCUGAGUCAGCAUCUCCACCUUUCUUUACUUACAGGACUCUGUUUAGAUGGCGAUUCCGGCCCAGUGAAUCUGAGGGCCAGACCUCGACCUCAUAAAGCAUGAGCGCCUUCUGUUCACACUGUGGCAAAAGUAUCAAAACAGCGUUCAAAUUCUGCCCCUACUGCGGAAAGCCUUUGUCUACAGAGAAGCCUGAGGAGUCCCAGACCUUGGUCAGACCGCCUGUGUCAUCCUUCAAAGGCUCAAAGAGAGAGAAGAACACCAGUUCUGAACUCUCUCCCAAGAAAGUGAAAUGGUCCGGCUGUGUCACUUCUCCUCCAUCAUCCCUCUCCUCUGACUAUGACAGUUCUGGGUCUGAACAUACCUCGAGUCCCUGUAAGAAACACAAAGGGCCCCAGAAAACACCUCCCACCCCCAAAAGCAACCUGCAGACAAUAAGAAGAAGCCCUCAGACACUGAAGCGGAGCCGUUUGACCAACACGCUUAAUGCUUUGCCCACGGGGAUGGUGCUGACAGACAAGAAUGGACGCCACUGGAAGCUGGGCCUCCUCCAGAGCAGGGACGACCAGGGCAUUCUCUAUGAAGCUGAGUCCUUCUCCACCGGUGAGUCCAUCAGCGAGUCAAGUGCCCAGAAACAAAGAUUUUCACUUAAACUAGAUGCCAAGGACGGGCGCUUGUUCAAUGAGCAGAACUUCUUCCAGCGGGCGGCCAAGCCUUUGCAAGUGAACAAGUGGAAGAAGCUGUACUUGACGCCCCUGCUGGCCAUCCCCACCUGUGUCGGUUUUGGCAUUCACCAGGAGACGUACAGGUUCUUGGUGUUCCCCAGGCUGGGGAGGAGCCUUCAGUCGGCCCUGAAUGACAACCGGAAGCAUAUAAUACCCAUGCUGUCUGUGUUCCAGAUGGCCUACCGGCUGCUGGAUGCCCUGGAGUUCCUCCACGAGAAUGAGUAUGUUCACGGAAAUGUGACAGCUGACAAUAUCUUUGUGAACCCAGAUGACCUGAGCCAGGUGACCCUGGCAGGUUAUGGCUUCGCCUUCCGCUAUUCCCCGGGGGGCAGACAUGUGGCCUACGUGGAAGGCAGCAGGAGCCCCCAUGAGGGGGACCUGGAGUUCAUGAGCAUGGACGUGCACAAGGGAUGCGGCCCCUUCCGCCGCAGUGACCUCCAGACCUUGGGCUACUGUCUGCUGAAGUGGAUCUACGGGACCCUGCCGUGGACAAAAUACCUUCUCGACGUGGAGGCUAUCAUGAAGCUGAAACAGAAGUUCCUUGACGACCCGGAGGCCCUCGUGGGACACUACAGUUGCCGGAUGAGUCCCUCAGAGGCGCCGCAGGAGUACCUGAAGGACUACCUGAAGGCGGUGAUGGCGCUCAGGUACGACGAGAAGCCGCCCUACGCCGUGCUGCGGCUCAAAUUGGAAGCCCUGCUGAAGAAGCUGCGGGUGUCGGCCUACGACCCCCUGGACCUCCACGUGGCGCCAUAGAACUUUCAACUCCCAGCCUGAAAUAGAAAAAAAAAAAGUGAGAAGAAUUGUGACUCCAAGCCUGCUGUAGAUGAGCUUCUAGAAAGAUCCCUCGAAUGUGCAUUCCUGCCACUUCUUUCAAAGAUACUGCUUGUCAAUCUCGAUGAGCGUCAGGGAACCUGGCAGCUGGGCUCCCCGUACUGUGAACGGCCUCCCCCUGGCUGCCCCGUCCUUUCCGCCGGCAGCCGCUGGGGGUGUGAACGGAGAAGGUCCCCAACCCACAGACGGGGUUGAGCCGGCCCCUCAGCGGGACCCUUCCUAUCACUGGCACCACUGUGCUUUGGUAAUAAAUUGUUUCACUGGAGCUUGGAGAGUUGCGUACCUGCAAAAGAAGUUCCUCGUGAAAAAGUUUAGCUCCCUUUUUUUGCCCAC